GCGAAAUAGUGUAUCUAUACUCUAUCGUUGUAGUAAAAGCAACUACAAAAUAUGGACAAAUCAAUGGUAAAUCAGUUCACUUCCUACGUAGAGCAGCUACGCAAUACGGAAUGCAGCCAAAAAGAGAAAAUUGCUUGCUUCCAGCACAUUGCCGAGUGUAUUAUGUCGCCCGGCCUUGCGGGUCACAUCAACUAUGCCACGCACAUCAAUAUGGCCACCACCGUACUACUACUGUUCUGUGAAGAUCUCGACCCUGUGGUGCGUAUGAACGCAGAGGAAAAUCUGAAUCGCAUAUUUCGUGCGUUGGAGAAGAGCCGUGUCAGCCGCAUACUGAUGGAUUUGUAUGGCGAGAUCAAGCGAAACGGCAAUCAACGCUCGUUGCGCAUUUGCUUGAACUUAUUCGCUUACUAUGCACCGCAGAUAAGAGAACGCAACAUCAAAUGGUAUGCGGUGCGUUUGUUGCCUUGUCUACAGACAAUUGCACAACGCAAAGAGUCACAGCUGUGUGAAACGUUAUGUGAAUAUGUGAAAAGCUUUGGAAAAUACUUGCAAAUGGGUCUGACAGAUACGGAAUCCUGUAAACUGUUCGAGGCUUUCAUGGCAAAUAUUGGCGUAGAGUGCGCCGUGAAGCGACGGUGCUCGGCGCAAAACUGCAUCAGUCUAAUUGAAAAUUCGCGAAAUAAAAGUUUAAUGGCCAAACAUGGACUAAGCAAAGCUUGCGAAUUCCUACUUUCUGAUCAGCAACAACACAAUGUAUUGGGCGUACUCGGGUUCCUGCGCUUGCUGCUACCAUUAAUCAUACAUGGAUUCCGCACUGAUUGUCCGGAUGAUUGCGAUGAUGGCCACAGCCCACAAACACACGUUGGAAUCAAUAAAAGCAAAGCAAACAGCUCCAUCAACACCGGCACUCAGCGAACGCACACACGUGCACAUACACACACGAAUACAACAAAGGUUGGUGGAAGCAAUGCACCAACAUCAUCAACGGCAAUCAACACUGAGUGCAGGCAAAUUAUUGAGAUUUUCGAUUAUUGUUUGCAUUUGUUGAACAUCAGCAGUGCUUCUCAACAUUCCAUCAUAAAUGCCGCACUUGAGGUCAUCAAUGCAGUACUGCAGGCACUCGAUGUGGCAAACAACAGCAUCAACGGCAGCAGCAGCAGCAGCAGCAACCAUGGCAACAAUAAUAAUAAUAGCAAAAAUAGCAGUAACAACAAACACGAUCUCGUAAAAAGUUUGCAAGCAGCUCUGUGUAAUCAACAAUUGCAACAUACCGAGUAUCUGCGGCGAAGGAAAUCAUUAAAGAAUCAAAUAUUCCAAUUGAGAAAUUAUGAAGUGUCAGCCACAGUGCCAAGUGAGAAGAUGGCACCAUCAGCAGCAGCGGCAGUGAAGUCAGAGCUGCCGACAGCCACAUGGCAAAAAAGGAGUGGAGGGGCUGCAGACAAACUCAUCACUGCAUUGGCUGGAACAGCCGUUGACAGCGAAGGUGAAGUUGUACUGCGAAGAGCACCAAACAUUCGAUAUGCAGGUCGCAGCGUCAGUGAAUGCGUUGUUGACGAAGAUGAUGAUGAGACGCAUAGAACCGCAUUGUCAACAGAUUUGGUUACCGUUGUGCAUACUGAUGCCGACGCCGAUGUCGUUAGAGGAGAUGUCUAUGCUGAUGGCGUUGUUGGUGUGCUUGUCGAUGUGGAUGACGAUGACUUUACAACAUUUUCGGAAAUAAAUGAACCACAACAGCUUAGAGCAUCAACGGCAGUUGCGAUGGUGCCAUCAUCGUACGCGCUCACAACAACAAUUGAUGUUGAUAAUCUGAUUGAUGCAAUCGAAGCGACGACAACAACGCCAAUGACAACAACGGAAGUCUCCGCUGCUCCCGCAAGCAGCAAUCCCACUAAUAUUAGCGCUAUGCACACAAAAAUGCAAGGCAUGCAACCGCAGAGCCAACAACAGCAGCAACAACAACAACAACGACAACCUUUAACCGCGCAGCAAUUGCUCGAGAGGCAGGUAGAACCGCAAAAUUUGCUUACUGCUCCCGCACAAAUUGAACCUGCUGGCGUUGGUGGCGGCGGUGAUGACAAAUCACAACAUUUGAGUGACAUCGACAAUGAAUCCUUCAAUAGCAUUGAUUUUGAUGCGGAAAUCACCAUAGCUGGCAUGAGCGGCGCAGGCAGCGGGGAUGGCUCGCCAACAGCAGGCAAUGCAGAGCGUACAAGCGGUGAAGCUGCUGCUGCUGCUGCCUCUACUACUACUUCUUCUGCCGUCGACAGUGCUGCCGGCAACAAAUUGAGCAGCAGCAGUGAUACAAUUGGCUCGUUCUUUAACAAUUUGAUUUCGAAUGCAGCUUCCGAGUCGAUGAGCAAACUGUUUCGCCCAUCGUCAGGAGCACGCGCCACACCUACAAAAAGCGCCGCAACCCCAACCAGUGAGAAGGUGGAUGUUGUCUCUACCAUGUCGGUGGUAGCGAGCAGUACUGCGCCCAUAGAUAGUAUUUCUUUGAUAUCAACAACUAGCAGUGGCAAUAAAGUGCAGGAUUCGAGUAUCUCCGCGGCGGCUGAUCCGCAAUCUGAUUCCGCGCACACGUACACACAAUCCAAUGCCAGCUCUUCGUUGGGCAUGCACGAUGAUACGGUAUCCACGGCAUUGUUGGUGGACACGAGUUUGCAUAGCGUGGGCGAAAUUGACACUGAGAUGGGUGGACAAAGCGAGAAGAAUGAAAUGGAGCGGCGCAUACCAAAUGUGAAUCCCUUUCUUAACGAGAAAUCGCAACUUCAGCAGGCUGCGCCGUUACAACCUUUGCUCACUCUCAAAAUAGGCACUCUUUUCGAGCAAUCCAUCAUACGCUACACGGCGCGCUUGAUCGCGGCACGCUUUCUGCUCACCGGCCAAGCGAAUGGCCUGCACAAUGACAUCCAAGUACGCAUCUCCAUCAAGAGUCUGUCGUUAUCUGUGCUGGCGCAGUGUGUGAGCGUCGACCCUGAAGUGCUGCAGCUUCCGUUGGAGAUCAGUGAGCGAGAGUUACUAGAAUUGCGCAAGCAGUCGCCAGUUCGAAAUGCCGCCGCCACUACACAAUCAUCUUCGAAAAGCUCGAGUGCCAGCGGCAGUCCGAGUAUGCCACAAAGCGACGACAGCGGCAGCGGCUAUAGUUCGAAUUUGGGUAAAGAUUAUGAGCAUUUGGAUGCGGUCGAUUUCGUCAAAAACAACCCGGUAAUCGUGGAUGCCGCAGCUGUUGGUGCCAACGAUUUGCCCGCCGAAUUGCAGCUACUCGAAAUCAAAGACGAUCAUUUUGGCAAAAGUACUUGCGACUAUUUUCUCCAUUCAACUCCGACUGAGCUAAGCAAAAGCGCCGAUCCGGUGCUAAUGUCACAACAAGUACGCGGCACGCCUAGUAAAACGGCCAAGCAGCAGCAGCAGAUGGAAAUCUUAUCAAAGUCGGAAAUUAUCGAAUCCAAGGCGCAACGGCGGCAACAUCAACAGCAGCAGCAGGAGCAACGAAAGCAAAGCCAGCCAUUGCCAUCUGCUUACCAAGUGACUGAAUCGGUGGAGGAUACUCCACCACAAAUGCUGCCUCCGCGUCCACCGAAACGUACUAAAUCUCAACGCAAAUCGAUAGCUGCCGCAACGGCCACUGUUGCUGCUUUGAUGCAAAUUGAUGAGCAUAUGAGCGGACGACCCUUGCCAGCGGUGCCACCACAGCACCAACAACAACUGACAGAUGUGCUGCUCUACUACAAUCACACUGACCCUAUGCUACGUGGUGGGGUGCAGCAGAUUAUCGGCGGAUUUUUGCGAGCGGUUGGGGGUAAGAAUGCGAACAUGCGAUUGGAGUUGAAUGUACAACAUCUACUGGCGGUGCUUGUGAGGGGCUUGCAGGACGAGAUACACACAGUGGUCAUACAGGCGUUGAAUGCAUUCGAGAAGAUAUUUCCGUAUGUGGUGUACAAAUAUUUGAUAUUGCCGACAGCGCAUCAACAGCACAAACUACAACAACAACAACAGCAACAGCGUGAUACAGCCAGCUCAGAAAGUUCGAUAGCUGGGUAUGUUGAAGCCGUUGAUAAGAGUGGCAGGAAAUGCCAUGCUAAUGCCGCUGGCCAAGUGCCACAACAGCAGCAGCAGCACCAACAGCAGCACAAAACUAACGAUGAAACAAAUUUCGGCUUUUACACACACGCCAGCAGCAAAUUGCCAGCAAUGGGUAAAUCAGCAACAACUGCUAAGACAUGUCCUCGAACGCUUUUCAACGAUAAUGAUGAGCUUAUAGCUGCACUUUUGAAUGAUUUUCAAUUGCAAUCGAAAUUGAAUCGCAACGGCUACGACUACAACUACGACAACGACAACGCAAAUGAUACCACUCAGCCGCAGACUGGCAUGACAGGCAAUACCACUAGUCCGGCGCACCCACUUCCGGUAACUGCCUUUCGCAUUUCGCCCAAAUUGCUGUUGAGUAAACUUCGUCUAUGUCACUACAACAAAUAUUGGUUAGUUCAAAAUAAAUACGCUGAAGUUAUUUCGAAUUUAAAUUAUGCUGCCCUACAUGCGGCAUGCAACGAUUGUCAUGGCUAUUGCUGUGGCACGGCGAUUGGCUGUGAAUGUGGCAUUGCUGCCGUGGUUGCUGAUGCUCGUGAAAAGGUAGGAAACGCCAGCGGCAGGAGCGGUAACUCCAACACUGAUAACAAUGCCUUUGAAGCCGCAUUGGGUGCCAGUCCAAAUGCUACCAAAGAUGACGCUUCAGCCAGUUCGGCCACUUCGGAUGCUGAGGAUGUGUCAUACAGCGAUUUGAAUGAUAGUGCCUGUAUUUACGAGUCUCAAUUCCUGGAUGAACUUUUGCAAUUGAUCGGCGACGAUGAUUUCCGUGUCAGAGAACAUGCCGCACUUUGCCUUUGUCGCUUCAUCAUACAAAAUGCAAAACGCCAACAACAAGUGCACUACAAAAGCAACAACAAUGCAUUCAGCUCAACUGUUCUGACAGGCGCAACAACGUCAACCAAUAAAAUCGGCAACCAAUAUCCGGACGCUGGGCCUUUUGGUAGCACUGAAGAUGGUGUUGGUGUUGGUGUUACUGGAGCUGCUGCUGUUGGCGACGACAAAUCGCUCUCGUCGGCCACCUAUGAAACUAAUUUCAAUUUGCUUUGGGAUUUUUUCGACUAUCGCCUGUUCAGCGGUCUGCCAUUGCCGUUACGUAAUUUAUUCAGAGCGAUGUCAACGCCGUCACUGCAGGCGACAACGGCGACAACAGCCACAGAAGUCACAGCAACAACAGCUAUAACGGCCGUAGAUGCUGGCGUUGAUUUUUCGGACGCGCUGCCACAACGCCAUCAAGCGGAAGAGGAGAAAUUGUUGGCCAAAGUUUUGUAUCGCAUGACAAAUAAACUGAUGGAGCUGGAGGAUAAAAAUGCACAGUUUGGCAUAAUUUACACAUUGAAAAUGUUGCUGCAAGAUUUCAAUUUCAUUGAUUACCAACGUGCAUGGAUGGAAUUUAAUUUCAUUGAAAUCUGCCAAAGAUUCUCCUAUUACAAUUAUUCAACGGCCGUGGACUUGGGCUGCCAGAAUGAUUUGAUUGAUGUUACCGGCAAAUUAAUGGCAGGCUACAUGCUCGCCUCCACGCUGACGUCAGAUCAACCGGAGCGGUCACUGCAACUACAAUUGGAUCAACUGUUGGUGCACGUCAUGAAGAUUCUCAAUAUCUACUAUCAUCUCAUUACCCAACAAAAGCCUCAACUAUUCGUGAAAGUGCAGAAGGGCGAUUUGUUCGCCAAUGCGAAGGAAUUGGCGCUGGUGCAAAGCGUUGGAUAUUUUGGAAGCGAUUACGUUUAUAUAAAACUUUACAACAUUUUAAGAAGUGCUAAUGACAGCUACAAGAUAACGAUAAAUCAAGAAUCCGGCAGGUUAUUAAUUUCGCUACUCCGGACGUGCCUCAACACUUUGAGUUUGUGCAUUGAAUUGCGCACACAUGCCACACCAGUGGCGACGGCAGGCACGCCUACUGGCCAAACACCGAGCCAUAGCAGACAGCGCGGCAAUAGCCCCGGCGGCGAUGGUGGUGGUGGUGGUGGUGCUGCUGCUGGCGGCAGCAGUCGUUCAGAUACUUCGCCAAGCGCCGGACAUACUUUUGGCGGUAGUACUAGCGGCGCUCCUGCAGUCUUCCCAUCUAACGCCAUUCUAAAAUUAAUUGAAGAAAUUCUCCAGUAUUUGAGCAAACUCGUAAAUUAUGCGCCCGACGAGUGCAUCGCAUGUCUGCGGCAACUGUUGAAAUAUUUAUUUGGCCAAAAUUAUGGCAACCAACAGCGAGACUAUUAUGCCACAUUCAUAAGACCGUAUUUUGUGGUGCGCAGCAAAGCACAACAGCUGCAGCUACACCUAAACCAGCAACGUAGUCUACAACAACAACAACAGCAGCAACAAAACCAAAAGUGGACAACAUAUAACAAACAACAGCAUCCCGCUGCACAGCAGGCCACGCCAGGCGGUGGUAGCAUCAGCAGCAGCAGCAACGAUCACCGUCAGGCAUUGACCAUGUUGCAUGCCAUAAAUUCCAAAGCGACAACAGCAACCUUAGCUUUUACGACUGCAACGGGAGUUGUGAGAUCAGUAGCAACAAUUGGCGGUCCAGCAAGCGCAUUGAGGGGCGUGGCAGGCGAUGGUUGGCCGACCCCAACAAUGACUUCGUCAACUGUCACACAUAAUGAGCCAAAUGUAAUUGGUACACAAGCAACUUAUGCCAAACAUGGCCAGCCGCACACUGACUUUGUGCAUGCCACUGUCAUGGCUGCUGCAAGUAGCGGCAUCAACAAUCAACCGCAUUUGACUGUGGCGGAAUAUUAUCGUUUGAUGGGCGAAUUAUUUUCGAGCGGCCUAAAUUCGCAAGCCUGGAAGUCGGAGCGUGCCAGCGAGUCUGUCAGGCAUAUUAAACUGUUUGAGCCGUUGGUAAUCUAUUGCCUCAUGCUUUUCCUCAAAUCGAAUGCACGUGUCCAAGCGCCCAUCCUGGAGUUGCUGUCCCAGUUGUUGGAACUCAAUGUCACUUACAGUGUGCUCGACUCGAAAAAUGUAAUAUUUGAUCAGAUUUUAAACAAUUUGGAUUUAAUUGAAAAUGGCAUUGUCAGGAAUGGCUCGGUCAUCAUUCCCCCUAUGAUCAAAUUCCUCAUACAGCUAACACAUAAAAGUGAUCGCAAACUCAUCACCAUUCCGAAAAUCAUCAGCAUCACCAACAGCCUACUGGCCAACAAUGCGGUGCUCGACUGUGCGGUGCUCGCACUCAAAUCGCUCUCCUACGAAAUCUUCUUCAUGCCACCCGUCGGCGGCAGUGCUGCACUCACCACCCUAGCUGACUAUCGUGCACCCUUUCAAAGUCCCGUCACACGCUCGCCCGUGCAACAGCGUCGACAUCCCGCCGAAGAUGCUGCCGCAGCAGCUGCAGCUGCUGAAGCGCUGCUGGCAAAUAGUCGCGAAUUGGAUACACAAAAGGAGGUGGUGUUGGGCAUGUUGGAGAAAUUUGUGGACGCCAAUGAGUUGCAACGUGUUGUUGCCUUGCUGUUGUUGCGCGAACGCAGCGCUCAACAAUUGGAUGAAGUCGCGCUUGCCAGGCGUGUGGAGGGUGUGGACGCUGAGGUGGAGCGGCAGAAGGCGGGUAGUGCUUUCGAAUCGACGCUGCUGCAGGACCCCAAUGUGGUUUAUGCUUUGGUAUGCCGUUCUAUGUGUGAUGGUCGCUUGGACGUCGCAAAUUGGCAAGAAUUUCAUAUGCUCGAGUCGUGUUUCAAAAAUUAUAGCAAAUAUGUGUUGGCGGACAGCAAGAAUUUCCUGAUGUUGCUGAAACUAUUUUUGACAGAGGAUGUGGAGAACUUUUCCGCUUUGGCGCAUACAACGAUCAUCCUGGCAAAUGUAAUUCUUAAAACUGAGGAAAUUUAUUUAGUAAAUCACAUCAAACUUUAUUUGAAAAACCAUCCGGCGGCGGAGGAGCGUGAACGUGAGCGCAGCCGAAGCCAGCAGCAACAACAACAGCGGCAACAGCGCACCGCACAUUGGCUGCUCGACGACGGCCCAUCGACAUCUUCGGCAGCGGCGCGUGCAGCCGCCACAGCCUCCGGCACCGGACUUGGUGGACCUGCGUCGAGUGGCAGCAUAAGUGAAAUUAACUAUUUCGCAAAAGUUUUGUGCGAGAAGCUGGAGAAUUGUCUCGACACCGUCACUGCCAACGCCGCCACCUCCAGCGCCUGUGGUGAUGUGGCCUACUAUCACUUGGCUUGCCGUUUCGUAGCCGCUUUGCAUGAGGUCUGCUGUCGUUCUCGCCACAAGGACGCGUUGCAAUCAGUUUUUCGUUUAGUGUUGGCCGAAUCGGCAUUGCUCGAUAAGUACUGUAACUUCCUAACGAUGGUACAGUGGCAGAGGAGUGACGAAGAGCGCGAUGAUGAUGGUAAUACAGCUGUCAUAGAAGGCUUUGUUGUUGGUGGCACUGCUGAUAUGUCGUCGUCGUCGUCGCCGUCGUCGACGCAGGCGGUGCAGCUGCAGUUGGAAGUCUUGAAACUUUUGUCGGCCAUGAAAUUGUUAGAUCCGGUUGUGAUGUUGCAAAUACUAAAACAACAAAAACAUUGCGUAGAGCGGCAACAACUACAACAGCCACAUAAAUGGCAAGUGGCAGCAAAUAAAGAGCGACUGAAGUGGUGCGCCAACAUGCAGAGGACACUUCUGAGUGAAAUUUGCCAGCAAAAUCCUGAUGCGCGCAACUGGACGGUGCAACAAGUGCGGCAACUGUUGGAUGCGGGCGGAGCAGCCGUUGUGAAUUUCCUAAUUACGGAGAAUUUUGUGUUCGUCAGCGAUUUGUGCGAAAUGGCAGCGGCUGCGGCAACGGCAUCAGCUACAACAACGACAACAAAGGCGCAGGCCCCAGCGGACGCAGCCGGCGAGUUGGGCGCUUUAUGGUUGCGUGUGUUGCUGCAACAUGCAAAUGCGCUCAACAAGCAUACAAUACGCGCACUGCCACCUUUGCUGCUCCGCUUGUGCAACACAGCGAUUAGUGGAAUUGCUGCGCAGAAAUGUAAUCUGGAAUUUACGCUGCUUAGUUUGCAGCUACUGCAACGUCUACAUGCACGCUGUGGCACACGGGCGCGCGCAUUGCAGGUGCGUUUGGAGCGUUUGGCGCGUCGCCUUGUGAUUAACUGCAGCGUGGCGCCCCUCAAAAGGCCACAGUUGUUGAGGCAAUUGACGGAAUUGGCUGGGGAGCAGUCAUCGGUGGAAACAGGCAGCUCAACGACUUUCUGGCAGCAAUUGUUGUUGGACACUCAAGAAUGCACACCGGCUGUUGCUGAGCCAUUAGCAGAGCAGCAGCAACAGCAGCAGCAGCAGCGCAUAAUUGACGAGAAGUGGCUGUUGAGUCAGUUAAUUAAAUUCUCCGCACAAUCCGACUAUGGAGUCCAACACCUUUCACGUAUCUUGCUAGAGAUACAAUCCGAGCAAAAGCUCUGCAAGAUAUUUGACAACAGCGAGUUCGCAGUGGCGCGUGUGCUACGACAUGCAAUCGCCAGCUCAAUGCAAGCGAUGCUGGCAACCUUCCGCAACAACUGCAUUCAACAUAAUCCACACAUUCACUACAUGCAACCGAAUCCAUUAGUGCGCGUUACAUGCACCGUCUUGAUGACACGCAUUAGUGCGAAAAUUGCCGCAGACAAUAAGAGUAACCAGAACAUAGCACCGAUAAUGCCAACAAUUGUGGCAGCGCAGGGGGCAGGUGUUUCGUCAGAGCGGACGGCUAUCGAGACUGUGGAAUGUGUGUCGGACGACGAUGGUGGUGGGCUUUACCUAUGCCAUGCUGUUGUCACCUUCUUGGAGUGCAUAAAGAAGGUGGAGCACGGCGCGUUGCUGUACAUUGAGUCGAAAUUCAUCGAUAAAUUUGUGCGCGAGCAGCUCUUGCGGCCGGAGCAUGUGGCAACGCUACUAGGCUUCUUGGACUGGUGUUGCGGGCGCGCCCAGCAACUUCUACAGCAGCAGCACCAACACCUCCACCGAGCACACUCACAAAAUACACGCACUUUAUUGCAGUGCAUUGGCGCGUUGCUGCAACAACGCUUCAUUUGGACGGAACUUAAUCAAAUGGAAAAACCAACUGCCGCACCGAUCACCCCAGCCACGACUGCUGCGAAUGCAGUCAUUAACACUGCAACAUUUGGUAGCGUAUUAUCGGUGCAGACACGCAAUUUGUUGUUGUGCCGUGUGCUGCAUGUCUUGGUGUUGGCCGCCAGGCAGACGCUGCAACACACAAUCUUCUAUAAACAUUACAAGCAGGCAAGUGGUGCUGGCGUAAGCAGUCGUGGAGGCGCUGAUGACGAAAAAUCCAUAGAGAGCGAAGCCCAAGAUAUCUUCAAUAAUUUAGGUACAGCCGCGGCGGCAGCAGAGUUGGAAAGCACUUUGCAAGCAGGCAACGAAGCAGACGUGAAUGAUGCUGCUGUUGGACGCUUGUUGCAAGCGUACGCCCCACAGGCGGUUUUCAUAGCGAAAUUGAUAGAGUUGCGUGCCGAAGAGUCAACAAAUGGCGGUGAGCGUCUCUCAACCGCCUAUCUCUCUGGCAGUGCGGGCAAAGGCGGGGCGCUGAGUGGUGGCGGCGGUGGUGCGAUGGGCGUUGGUGGCGGUAGCAGCAUGGCUAUGGCGACGGGUGGUGCGAGUACGUUUGGCGGUGCUGCAGGUAGCUGCGCUCAGGCUGAGUUCGAUAAUGGCGGCGGUGCGGGUGGCGCACAAAUACCAAUGCACAUUUUGGCGGCCAUUGGCAUCGCAGUGCUGCGCACGAACCAAUUCUACGCUUAUGCUGUGACACCAUUUGAAAUUUAUCAGCAACAACAACGUGAGCAACGGAUAGAGCAAUUGUCGCCAGCCAAACGCGCUGGUCAAGCGUCUAAAGCAACAUCCUCGGCGUCAGCGACGGUGGCAGCUGCGAGUGGUAAACUGCCAACGAUUCCUGUGGAGAGUCUCAGCGAUGUGGAUGUGUUGCGUAAAUUUGUUAAAAGAUUAUCAAUUUUUGGCUUUACCACACGUCAACAAUUCGAGGAGUAUUUUAUGACAUUCCUGCUAUUAAUCAAUAAAGUUUACGACGAGAAUAUGGUAGACGAACAAGAGCAAUUCCAAAUAAGAUCCACAUGCUUAGAAGCGAUUUUGGAACUUUUAAUUACAUAUAAAACUUUUCCAAUUGUGGGUAAUAAACUUUCGCAUUUUCAUCAUACGACACGGUGGACUCGCAUUAAUUGCAACAGUAUUAGCCUUAAAAAGUUGCAUAAAGUGCAGCUACUCGCCUCCGAGGCGAACGUCUUCUAUCAUCCCAAUCUGGAGCGCCAACUGCGCGCUGACUGCAGUGCCCGCUUGCGCGACUCUGUCAUUGGCACCAGCCAAUUUAGAGUUAAUCAAUAUGAUUUGAAUUUUAUGUGGCAACAAAUGGAGGCGUACGCACAAAAUGUAACCAACAACAAUGCGAGUGAUGCGGAACUGCCAAGCGGUGACGUUGGUGUGACGGAGCGAAGGGCGCAAGAUAUUGCAAGCGGUGCGGCACGUCUUAACGAGGAUACAGCAACGAAAAAUUAUCGCUACUUCACAGCGCAAUCGGGCGUGGAUUUCAAGAGUAGCACACAGCUGAUUUUCGAUGUGCUAAUGCAGAUAAUUGAGCACAAUCACAUUUUGGUUUUACCAAAUCUGGUGAAGUUCACUGAAAUAUGCGAAAGUCGUGAUCAAAUCAAAUGGAUUAAGGAGAAAGCUUUAAAAUUGCAAGAGACAAUACCAAUGGACGACACAAUUUCACAUCAGCACUUAAUCUACUUACUGUGCAAAACGCAAGCAAUGCUGAUACCAACAAUCGGUGAAUUGCAACAAUUGUGCCAGCUCAUUGGCAAUUAUUUGAAGAGUUCUCACAUCUUCAUACGAAAUGCAACACUGGCUGGCCUACUCUGUCUGCUCGAAUGCUGCUCGAAGACCAACACCAGCAUUGGCAAGUUGAGUGAAGAGUUGGCUUUGCUGCGCGAGCUGAUUGUGAGCUACAUCAAUCGUCAUGGGAUUAUCGAUGUGAGCACCAUGCAAAACAGUGACACUCACACAAAAUUGGUUUGGACGCUCAAUUAUUGCCUCAUUGAAUGGACAUCGAAAUUUGUGCCACAAUGUCAUUUGCUGUCGAAUACAGUAAUAGCGGCAGGUAAUUUCCUGAGGAAGACCAGUAAUGAGGAUGUCUAUUUGUGUGUAUUGCAUGGACUUGAGCGCAUCGUAGUCAUCAGCAACACUGGCAAUGGCGGCACUAAUUCAGGGAACAAUCCGGCUGGUAUAUUAGGCCUUGGCAUAGUGACGCCACUGCUGCGCAACAAAAUCGAAAAAUUAGCAUUGGAAUUGAUAAAAUUGGAAAAUGAAAGAUUUUCGAUACCAGCACUACAGCUCUUGCUGUCCUGUAUGUAUGUGGGUUCGGCCAAGCAGCUGGAAAACACCGAGCUCUCAAAUGGCAUUGUCCAAGACGAACCGGAGAUAAUCGCCCAGCAGACCGAUAAAGUUGAUAUACUUCUACAUUGUAUUAAAUCAUCAACGCGUGAUGCCGCCUGGAUUUAUGGACAAGUGUUGUGCCAAAUUAUACGUGAUUUAGUGCCACCGAAUGAAAUAUUGACGAAGGUCAUAAAAGAGUUUCUAGCCAUAAAUCAACCGCAUUGCGAUGUUAUUGCAAUGAUUGUAUAUCAGGUUUUCCGUUGUGCCAUCGAUUCGACGUUCUUACAAAUGUUGCAAGACUGGCUCAUAUGCUCGUUGCCAACUUUUCUGGCCUUACCUGAACAAAAAGGUGUCUGGUGCCUGAGCGUCAUCUUUUUAUCCGCUUCCAUAAAUCUGCAUUUGAUUAAACUAUUUCCGGUGCUGCUAAGCACCGGUGCCUCGGCAGCUGCAGCAGCAGAAGCAGCAGCAGCAGUUCCAUCAACUGAUGCAGACGCGGGUGGUGGUGGUGGUGAUGGCGGUACAAAUGCUGUGGGAGCUGGUGGUCUUGCUAUUGCCGUUGGUGGUGGUAUUGGUGGAGAAUUUCAUAAAUUGGGUCAACAUGAAAUUGCAUUGUUCGUGACAGCUGCUGCAGAUUUUCAUGCGAAAUUGAGUGCGGAGCAGCGGAUGCGUUUCCGUGAUGCCUUUGAGAAAUUCCACAGGCAACCAGUUUAUGCCAAGCUGUUACAGAGUCUCUGAUUUAGCCACGCAUGGUGUCAACAGCCAAAUGAGUUGUUGUUGUUGUUACAGCAGCAACAGCAACAAUAAUAUAACAUUUUUAGGAAGAGUCUGAUGAGUUGUGGUGGGAGACGCUGAGAGAUGAACGAAAAGGCGCAUAGCUGGGCUGUUGUGGAUGUGUGCGUUCUUGCUGUUUGACUGCUCGCCGGCUUGGCUGUUGGCUGCUUGGCUGUUUUCAUUUAAUGGUCAAUAUAGACCGCACAGAUAAGCACUUCAGUUGCAACAAAGUUAAAGGUAUACAAGUGGGUUAAUUUGUUGUUGUUGCUUAUGUUUUUAUUCAUGUUAGUUUUAUGUGCUGCCCACGUGAUUUAUGAAGCAGUUGCUAAAUGAGUAAAUUCAUUAGUAAAACAAAUGCAGAUGUCCUCAUUUAGAAGAUGAAAUAUGAAAUAGAUUUAAGUUUAAAAUAGUCAAAAUUAAUUUAAGUCUGAGGUUAGGGUAGACAAUUGCAGACAUCUAAAGAGAAUUAGAGAAUUAUGUAUAUUAUGUAUUAUUAUUAGCUUGUUGUUGCUGUAGCAACAUAAGAUAUUUCCGAUAUAUUUUUUCGGAAUGCUGCUCGAUCGGAUUCUACAGUGGAUUUGGUAAAAACGAGUGGACCACAAGAAAUUAUCCAUUCGAUGCAUUAAUAUUUUAUCAAUUAAAAAAUUGUUUUUUUUUUUUUGGUAAAUUCUUCAGUCUCAUCUAUUCAUAGUCAUAUCUUUGUCAAUAAUUAAAAGCCUACUUUUCAACAUAGACCUCUGUUAAUUGCACCUAAGUCUUUUUCACGGCAUUUAACCCUGCGUCGGACAACUUUUUUAAAACCUUCUGUUGGGCACCCGGGUGGGUCAGUUUUCGUACUGUUCGAGGAUCCUAUUUAAGAAGUUAUAUCCAUGUAUUUAUAGAAAAUUAUAUUGGGUAGUCGAAAAAGUCUUUGCGUAUUUCUAAUCAAACUUCAACUCAUUUUUUUAUAUUUAUAAUGCACUUUAUUAAACCAAAUAUGUACUAUUUUGGUCGACCACCUUUUGCCAUUUUUCUUCUAGAGACAUUAUUCCAUCAGUGUAAAACUUUUGUACUUUCUCGGCGAAAAACUGCGACAAGUAAUUUUCACAGGCUUCUCUUGAAACCAACUUUACUCCAUUAAGGGAGUUCUGCAUUGACCGAAACAAAUGGUAGUCCGAUGGUGCAAGGUCAGGGCUAUAUGGUGGCUGCAUCAAAACUUCCCAGCCGAGCUCUCCCAGUUUUUGCCGAGCCAUCAAAGAUGUGUGUUGCCUAGCGUUGUCCUGAUGGAAGACGACCCCCUUUCUGCUGAUCAGUUCUGGUCGUUUUUUUCCAUUGCUUGCUUUAAUCUCAUCAGUUGUUGACAGUAAAGUGUAGAAUCAAUAGUUCGAGCAGGCUGGAGCAGUUCAUAGUGGAUGAUUCCUUUCCAAUCCCACCAAACACACAGCAUAACCUUUCGAGGCGUCAAUCCUGGCUUUGCGACCAUUUGUUGAGCUUCACUACCCUUGCACCAUGAUCUUUUUCACACAUUAUUGUCGUAUUUGAUCCACUUUUCGUCUCCUGUUACCAUUCGCUUCAGAAAUGGUUCGAUUUCAUGUCGUUUCAGAAAAGAAUCGCAGAUGUUAAUUCGGUCCAUUAAAUUUUUCACAGACAAUUCAUGUGGUACCCAAACAUCGAGCUUCUUUUCGUAACCAGCCUUUUUAAAAUGGUUCAAAACCAUUUGAUGGUGAAUGUUUAGUGCCUUGGCGAUGUCAUGGCAGCUUAUGUGACGGUCCUGGUCAAUCUUUUCCAUAAUUUCAUCGACUUUUUCAACGAUAGAUCGACCGGAGCGAGGUGCAUCUUUCACAUCGAAAUUUCCAGAACGGAACCGAGCGAACCAUUGUUGUGCUACACGAACUGAUACAGCAUCGUCUCCGUAAACUUCACAAAUUUCAUUGGUGGCUUGCGUGACAUUCUUCCCUUUUUUGUACAAAAAUUUCAAAACAUAGCGAAUUUCUUCAUUAUUUGCACUCAUUUUUGAACAGCAAUAACUUUUUUUCAACUUCUCGGAAUUUAAUUUUUUUGGUUAAAUGAAGCUUAAAAUGUCACCUUUCUAACACCAUAUGAUAUGACACAAUGUGAUUGGUAGCACUGGAGAUAGAUGACUCCAACGACAUCUAUUGACAAAAUACGAAAACACUUUUUCGACUACCCAAUAUUUUAGUAUCUACUAAUUCAUUCAUAUACUAAUUCAUUCAAAUUCCAAUAAUUCGAAUGGUGGAAUGGAAAGUUGGACAGUUUUUUGUGCGGGCUUGUCACGCUUGUAGUUCUGCAGCGUUUUAGACUGGGCUAUCACUCUUUAUGUAAAUUGCAUACAUAAUCGCUGAUCCAAUUCAUGAUUCCUGUAGUUAUAAUUCCGAUUAUUGGUUCUGGUCCCUGUGAGGUACCCGCUAAUCCACAGUUGGCCAAUUCAUCGGCAAUUUCAUUUCCUUUUCCCCACUAUAGCGACAUUAUUAAGCAGCAUAGAAGUUGACUCGGAUUUGCACGGAACGCAAAGUGAUGAUUUAUAUUUUCAAAGGAAUGCCACUUCCACUGCUGGUCCAUCGCUUAUUGCUCUGUGAAAAUCGUAUUGCAGGGAUCUAAAUAAGAAACUUUGCCGAAGGAACCAUACCUCUAAAACGAAUCCUGUCGAAAGCCUUUCGUACAAACGUUUAUUGGUGUUUUUAGAAGGCGCAGUUUUCACAUUAUUUCAUUUUUUAUACGCACGUUGAGUUUUCACAAUUGACUUCUUUUGUUGAAUGUAAGUUUCAACAGUUUGGGAGCGCUCGCGUGGCGUGUACUGUUCCAUGGUAAAAAUCUGUUGGACUGACGCUUCCAACGCGGUAUGUCAUUAAGCGAUCUGACGUCUCUGUCAAAAGAUACAGGGUUGCCAGAUGGGUCCGUCGAAUAUUGGCAACUCUGUAUAAGCACACUUGGAUAUGAAAAGUGCAUGGAGCUACAUCCGUGUGUUUCUUUAUGCACCCAAAUAUAUGUAUGCCUGAAUUUAGUCUCAAUGCUUAGUGGACAUAUGUUAUAUUAAACAUAUAUUUCGAUUUUGCGUGAUAAUAAAAAGGUAUUUGAAAUUUUUUUAGUCUUCAUAGUGGAAAUUAAACUUUGUCUCUUUGCUUUGACAUUAUCCAAUUGGUACCAAGUUUGAGCUAUGAUAUUUUUGGACACGUCAUUACCAAUUAAAGUGAUGAGACUGAAAAGCCGUUCAUUUGAUUUCUUAAGAAUCACCCUAGUACACAACUUUCUGAUAUACCCAGAAACCACAACUUUCUAAGGCCGGAGUCAGAUCAGAAUAUUUUACUUCACCCAUUAUUUAAUUUAAUUUCUAGGAUAUUUACGUAAAAUAUCUGUCUUGAUAUGCACUAGAACACCACGCAACAAAACAUUUUUUUUUAAUAACGGCGGGUAGUAAUUAACCUCAUGUGGCAGCUAGUGGGCUAGUGACUCAAAAUUUGGACUCAAACAUUUUCCAUCACUCCAUAGUUUUGAAGUAAUUCUACUCAAAGGAAAGUAAUAGAAAAGUGAAUAGAUAGGUUGGAGAAUAAGUGAUGUAUAAACAAACAAAAAAAAAUUUUUUUUAAGUAAACAAAAACUGCUCUUACGUCAGCUCAACAGCUGACAAAUUCUCUCGAGUAGUGAUUCCGCGCUAGGCGCCAACUUCUGUACUCUCUCAACUGUGAGUUCCUGAGCUACUCUGAGAUGUGUUAGACUGUAUGUUAAGCGUUAGUGUAUCAUUAGUAAGAACAGAAAUUUAACUUCACUCUGUGUAAAAUGUAUUUCAGAAAAUGUGCAGACGUUUUUAGGCAAAUUGUUAGAAAAUGCUUUGAGUUAUCAUGCCCACUGUUUUGGAAAAUAAGGUUUUCAGAAAUAAAAAAAAGUCCUUUGUGCUCAGCGUUUUCUUAGAAAAAUCAUUACUUCUCUAAUUAUUUCAAUAUCUUUUAGCGAAAAUAUCUUAAAAUCAAGCGAAUUUU